AUGGUGGCUGGGUUUAUUGACUCCGUUUUAUUCCGCCGGUUCCUCCAAAAAAGAGAAAUCAACCAUGCAGCUAGACUGCCAGAAUUUUUAUCAAUUCCUAUGGGAGAUAAAUUGAGAGAAAAAUUGAGGUCUAUGAAUGUUACCGGAAAAAGGACUAGAUUUGAAGGUCGAGCUCCAUCGGCUUCGACGACGGAGACAACGAAUUUUCCAGGGGAGACGAUGGGGAGAAUUACAGUGAAUGAUGCUAGGAAAAUUUUGAGUGAAGUUUGUAGCAACAGAGAACAGGGUUUGGAGUUUGCAAAGAUGUUGGACGAUUCAGGCAGCGUCAUCGUUUUUGGUGACGUCGUUUUGCUCCGUCCCCAUCAGGUAAAAGUUGCAUAG